UAAAAAAAAUAAACAAGAUGGCUACUAUAGUAAAUGAGCAUGAUUGCAUCUGUUGGAAACAUUGCUAGUCUUUAUUUAUUACUGAAAUUUUUUAAUUCAAUUGUUUAAAAACAGAUUACAAUGGGUAACGAAAGGAAUGAAAACCAGUAUAGAAGUAAAUUUAUUCUAGCCCCAAUGGUUAGAGUUUGCACACUACCUAUGAGACUUCUUGCUUUGGAUUAUGGAGCAGAUUUGGUUUAUACAGAAGAAAUUAUUGACAGGAAGGUUCUUCUUUGUCAAGAAUAUAAAAAUGAGCUUCUCGGAACCACAGACUAUGUCAUGUCAGAUGGUACUGUUGUUUUUCGAACAUCUCCCAUUGAGAAGGACAAAAUCAUAUUUCAGCUUGGAACAGCUGAUGCAAAGAGAGCACUGGCAGCUGCUAAAAAAAUACAGCAUCUUGUUGCCGGAGUUGAUAUCAAUAUGGGAUGUCCAAAAGAGUUUUCCGUUAAGGGUGGCAUGGGAGCAGCACUUCUAACCCAGCCUGAGAAAAUAAAAGAUAUUCUAACAACACUAGUGAAUGAACUGGAUGUACCAGUUACCUGCAAGAUCCGUGUCCUGCCUAGUGUUGAAAAGACCGUAGAAUUAGCCAAACUUAUUGAGUCCACUGGUGUCUCAGCUCUUGGCGUCCAUGGUAGAACAAAAGAAGAGAGGUCGAGAGAUCCUAACAGAGAUGACUAUAUAAAGGCUGUCGCGAAUGCUGUCAGUAUUCCUGUUAUUGCUAAUGGGGGGUCAAAGAGAAUCACAUGUUAUGAAGACAUUGAAGAGUUUAGAAAGAGCACAGGUGCCAGCUCUGUCAUGUUAGCUCGUGCGGCCAUGUGGAACUGCUCCGUGUUUAGAAAGGAGGGAACAUUGGAUUUUUUGAAGGUUCUCAAGAGUUAUCUCACUUACGCAUUCCAGUAUGACAACAAUGAGAUGAACACAAAAUAUGCUGUACUGCAGAUACUACAUGACAAAAUGCUUGAGCUUCCAGAGGCUGAUGGCACUUUAACUGCUAAAUCUUUACAAGACUUUGCAGACAUUUGGUGCAUGCAAGAAGAAUACAAAACAAUUUUACAAAAAAGGCGGGAAAAAGAAAAACAGUUGAAUGAUCUAGCAGGAGGAGACUGCAGAGGAGUUAAAAAAAGAAAAGCUGAAAAUGGGCUGGAGGUCAUUGAACUCCCUGUUAGGUUUGACAAGAGAAUUUAUUCGACGACAAUGACACCUAAGCAAAUUUUAAACAAUUAUUGCAAGAAAUGUCAAAAAGGAAAGCCAGUUUAUACAACAGUUGAACGACCUGACGACAGAUUUUUUCACAGUACUGUUUUGGUUGACCAGAAGCUGUACACAAAUCCUUUCUGGGAACGAGCGAAGCAACUGGCUGAACAAAGUGCAGCUGUUUGCUACCUUGUUGUCAAUGGUCAGCAUGACGGACGGCUUGCAGAGCCACACAAUGAGACAGAAGAGCUGCGUCAGAAGUGGAGGGGCCUUUUGAACUCUGACCUGUCAGAAAGAACCUGGUCCCCUGUGAAGGAUUGUGUGGGCACAGAGAAUCCCAGCCUAUCAGAAACAGAAUCGAAAGAAAAUGGAAAUAUAGAAAAUGGUGACCUGUGUCCACAGCUUGAUGAUGAAAAUGCAGGAAAAAUCACAGAUGGAAUGAGUAGGACCAUUGUAGACCAGAGAUAAUCUUUGUUUUUUACUAGAAACAAAUAUUUGUUACUUAUAACUGAGGCCUUAAUUUAUGUAUGAUAUUUAAAUUAUCUCCCUGUAAAUAAAAUCAAGAACAGUGCAGUGUUGUGAAAUUGUAAUGCGUAUGCAGGACUGUACUAGGCAAGUUGGGUAGAGUAGCUAUUUUACUAUGAAGCUCUGGAAGCUUUACAUUUUGUAUUUUGGUAGUGUAAUAUAGUGAGGUAAUGGGUUACAUCAGUUCUCUGUACAAAAUCUAGCUGUUGGUUAGGAUGUAAAGAAAAGUGGAAAUUUAACAUGUUUUGGUAAAGGAUUUUUUUAAUAAAAAUGUUUUGCUAAGUCA